AAAAUAAUAAUCGGUUCGCGAAACGCGGAAAACAACGAGCGAGCGAUACGGGAGCUGAUGGGCCGCAACCCGUCGGCCAACAUAACGGCUCUCCGACUGGACUUAUCGUCGCUUCAGUCCGUCCGCGAGUUCGCCAAAGAGAUCGCCGGCACUGAAUCCAGAGUCGAUGUACUCAUUAACAAUGCCGGCGGUCUCUACCGGUUUACGGGGUCACCGGUAGAGACUGUCGACGGUUACGAACAGCAAUUGGUGACCAACUAUUUGGGCCACUAUCUACUAUCGCUGCAUUUACUACCACUGAUGCGCCGGUCGCCCAACGCCCGCAUCAUUAACGUGUCCACCAAUGGUCACGUGUUCGCUGAUGUAAACGUGGAAAAUAUUAAUCUACGUAACGGCGCCUACGGAGCCAUGAAAGCACAUUUGCAAACAAAACUGGCCCAGGUACUAUUUACCAGAGAAAUGGCCCGUCGACUCGGUCCCGAUAGUACUGUAAAGACGUAUGCGAUUAACCCGGGUAUUGUCAACUCCAGACCGAGUAGCAAUAUUGUUGAACGCUUUUUCAAAGCCUUACUAACACUGCCCAUCGAUAUGGGCCCCCAGACCUACCUCUACUGUGCCCUCGAUGAGUCGUUGGAUAAUGAGUCUGGCUUCUUUUACGAUAACUGCCGGCGCGUCCAACGUAUGCACAGUAAGGCUGUGGACGACAAGACUGGACAUGAUUUGUGGCAAUUGAGCGCCGAUAUGGUUAAACUCGAGGCCAAUACGUCAUUUAAAUGA